AUGGGACCCACAAGGAGCCAACAAGGAGAGUCCAAUGGCUGACUUAUUGCAAUUCCACAACAAACUUCAAUUCUGCAACUAUUUCUUUGAGGAAGAGAAGGGUUGAACCAGCGAAUUCCCCAGAAGUCCAACUGCUUAACCACUGAACCAGAAACUCAACCCCUUGUUGCUAUUCAACCUCACAAUUUUCGCUUUCUCUUAGGUGUCCUCCUUCAUAUACGCUUUUUUUCAAUACGCUCUAUAUAAGAAGGCUCCCCGCUCCCCAGACGAAAGCACAUUCAUUCUUCCUUCUUCCUUCUUCACUCUCUCUCUUACUCUUCUCUUUCUCUCUCUAAUUCCCUUGAUAGCCAUGGCUCUCCUUAACGAUCUCAUCAACCUCAAUCUCUCUGAAGCCACUGAGCAAAUCAUUGCUGAGUACAUAUGGAUUGGAGGCUCUGGUCUGGAUUUGAGGAGCAAAGCAAGGACUCUUGAAGGUCCGGUGAGUGAUCCACAGAAACUCCCAAAAUGGAACUACGAUGGAUCAAGCACUAAUCAAGCUCCCGGAGACGACAGUGAAGUCAUCAUAUAUCCUCAGGCAAUCUUCAAGGAUCCAUUCAGGAGAGGAAACAAUAUUUUGGUCAUGUGUGAUGCGUACACCCCGGCGGGUGAACCGAUUCCAACGAACAAACGGUUCAAUGCUGCAAAGAUCUUUAGUCAUCCCGAUGUUAUCGCUGAGGAACCCUGGUAUGGCAUUGAGCAGGAGUAUACUCUCCUCCAAAAGGAUACAAACUGGCCCCUUGGAUGGCCAGUUGGUGGCUUCCCUGGACCUCAGGGACCUUACUAUUGUGGCACUGGAGCUGACAAGGCAUUUGGGAGAGACAUUGUAGAUGCCCACUACAAAGCAUGUCUCUAUGCUGGAAUUAGCAUCAGUGGAAUCAAUGGUGAAGUCAUGCCUGGACAGUGGGAAUUCCAAGUUGGACCUGUUCUUGGGAUUAGUUCUGGUGAUCAACUAUGGAUGGCUAGGUACAUUCUUGAGAGGAUCACUGAAAUUGCUGGAGCUGUUCUUACAUUUGACCCAAAACCAGUCAAGGGAGACUGGAAUGGUGCUGGUGCACAUACAAACUAUAGCACAAAGUCUAUGAGAAAUGAUGGUGGGAUUGAUGUGAUAAAUAAGGCUAUUGAGAAGUUGAGUCUAAAACACAAGGAGCACAUCUCAGCCUAUGGAGAGGGUAAUGAAAGAAGAUUAACAGGUCGCCAUGAGACUGCUGACAUCAAGAAAUUCUCUUGGGGUGUUGCAAACAGGGGUGCUUCUAUUCGUGUUGGUCGCGAAACAGAAAAAGCUGGGAAAGGCUACUUUGAGGACAGAAGGCCUGCAUCAAACAUGGAUCCCUAUGUGGUUACUUCCAUGAUUGCUGAAACCACCAUUCUUUGAAGAAGACUUAGAAAGUAAAUAGGUAUUAUGAAGAUAGAUAGUGUGUUUAAGGUCCCAUAGUUGUUACUGCAUUUACUAGUUUUAUUUGAAUUCUUAUAUGUGUCAUGUUUGAGGGUAUUUUUUUUUUUUUUAAAGACUAUUAUUAAGGUUUGGGAUAGUUAUGGCUUUGAGAAAUGAUUAUUCAAACAGGUUUAAUGGUAUUCCAGUUAGGUCUUUGGAGGCUUUUA